AUGUCCUACCGUCAAGCAUUUUCCUCAUUCUACACCCGCAACUUCGACCGUCGACCAUGGAUGACUCUCGCAGUGACCAACGGUAUCUUCGGAGUCCUAGCCGACGGAGCCGCCCAAUCACUUGAACGGAUCAGUGAGGCUCAAUCGCGUCAGCAAGCUGCCGAAUUCUCCGAGUCCGCAUCAGACAAGAUCACCGCCACAGUAUCACAGAUUACAGAGCAAAGUUCAUGGGACUGGUCAAGAUCGGGUCGAUUCUUAGCCUUUAACGUUGGAAUGGCACCUUUGUUGGCCGAGUGGAAUAAGUUUUUGGAGUUUAGAUUUCCUCUACGCUCUCCAGCAACUGCAGCGGCUGGUGCGGCGGGGACUUUGGGUAAGGUGAGCUUGAGAGCGUUAGGAAGUAGGGUGGCUAUGGACCAGCUCCUUCUCGCGCCGUUUGGUCUAGCAGUGUUUACUGGUAGUAUGGGAUACAUGGAGCGAGGAAGUGUUGAUGGCGUCAAAGCCAAGUUUCGCGAGUUGUAUAUUCCAGCACUCUUGGCAAAUUGGCAGCUGUGGCCUCUUGUCCAGUUGGUCAACUUCCGAUACUUGCCGCUCAAGUACCGUGUUCCUUUCGUGUCGACUGUCGGCAUCUUCUGGACUAUCGGCCUCUCGCUUCUUUCCCAAUCAACACGGCCAAAAGAGGCGUCAGGUCUCACAGAGAAGCAGGCCAUGCAGCUCAGCACACCUUCUACUCCAAAGUCGUAA